AUGGACAGUCUUAUUUGGGCGGCGAUACUCAUGCGCAUGGUGGCUGGCCAUGACUUUGGGAGCCUGGCUGCACUGCGCAUCUUACUUGGAGUUUUCGAAGCAGCAAUAAAUCCCGGAUUCACCGUCAUCACGUCUACGUGGUACAAACCCUCGGAGCAUGCUUUGAGACAUGGUCUCUGGUAUGAGGGCGCGAGCGUUGCGUAUAUCUUCGGAGGCAUUCUUGCGUAUGCCAUUUCACAUGUCAAAAGUGCGAUCAAAAGUUGGCAGUUUUUAUUCGUCAUCUUCGGGUCUCUAAAAAUUCUGUGGGGUAUUGUGAUGCUCUUCUUCUUGCCAGAUAAUCCACAGACAGCAUACUUCUUGAACUCCGAUAAAAGAAAGCAGCCAUUUGCUCGAGUGCAAGGUAUCCGCCGCUUCGCCGACACACGGAAAUGGCAAAACGCGCAGAUGAAGGAGACUCUUCGCGACCAUCGGUCCUGGCUGCUUUUCUUACUCUGUGUGCUCACCACGCUCCCCGGUGGAGGUCUUACAGCGGGAGGUCAGUUUGGAUCAAUUGUCACCAAAAGCUUCGGUUACACCUUGUUCCAGACACAGAUACUGGGCAUGGCGACGGGCGUUUUCCUCCUGACGAUCGUCAUCACUGUCUCAUUAUCGAUGGGUUUCAAGAAUGCCGGCUGCUUGUCCAUCGCCUUGCUUAAUUCCAUCUCUCUGGUGGGAUGUCUGAUGAUCAAGUUCCUUCCAACACGUCAGAAAGGGGGUCGCCUAGCAGGCCUGUGGCUUAUUAGAGCCUACGCCAGCGCUUUCCCGACGAUCCUCGGUUUGGUCUCUAGCAACAUUACCGGACAUACCAAGAAAGCCCCGGUCAACGGUAUGCUCUUUCUGGGAUUCUGCACAGGUUAUAUCAUUGGACCUUCGACCUUUUUGGCCCAUGAAGCUCCAGGCUACGCGACAGCCUACAACAUCAUGAUUACAUGUUUUGUCCUCAACAUCGCUAUUGUUCUCACUAUGAGGCAAAUAAUGGCCUUGUGGAACAAGAAGCGAGAUCAGGAAUUAGACUCCGCAGAUGUAUUGAACGCAGAAUCCGCUGAGGACGUCUUGGUGGAGUUGGAUGAGACAGACUGGGAGAAUAAGACCAUUCGCUAUUCGUUGUGA